AGCUAUAAGGGCCCUCGCCCCCACCAGCGUCCAGGCUGUGGAGGGAUCAUGGCCAAGUCACACCUGCUGCUGUGGCUGCUGCUGCUGCCCGCACACUGUGGCCCAGGCGCUGCAGCUGUCAGGACCACCUCACCCCUGGCCUGCACCCAAGGCCCUGAGUUUUGGUGCCAAAGCCUGGAGCGAGCACUGCAGUGCAGAGCACUGGGACACUGCCUACAGGAGGUCUGGGGACACGCAGGAGCUGAUGACCUGUGCCAAGAAUGUGAGGACAUCGUCCACACCCUCACCAAGAUGAGCCAGGAGGCCACUGUCCAGGACCUGGUACGGAAGUUCCUGGAGCGUGAGUGCGACAUCCUCCCUUUGAAGCUGCUGGUGCCCCGUUGCCGCCAAAUAGUGGACAUCUACUUCCCGCUGGUCAUCGACUACUUCCAGAACCAGAUCAACCCUAAGACCAUCUGUGAGCACGUAGGCCUGUGCAGACUCGGGCAUCCAGAGCCAGGACAGGAGCCGGAGCUGUCGGACCAUCUGCUGGACAAGCUGGUCCCCGCUGUGCUGCCCCAGGCCCACCAGGCAAGGCCCAGGCCUCAGACACAGGAUCUCUCCGAGCAGCAGUUCCCCAUCCCCCUCCCCUACUGCUGGCUCUGCAGGACUUUAAUCAAGCGGAUCCAAGCUGUGAUUCCCAAGGGUGUACUGGCUAUGACUGUGGCCCAGGUGUGUCACGUAAUACCCCUGGUGAUGGGCGGCAUCUGCCAGUGCCUGGCUGAGCGCUACACUGUCAUACUGUUGGACACACUGCUGGGCCGUAUGCUGCCCCAGCUGGUCUGCGGCCUUGUCCUCCGGUGCCCCAGCGAGGAUGGCGCUGGCGCAGGCCUUGCCACUCUGGGGUCCCUGCCGGGAGAAUGGCUAUCGCAAGACUCCAAGUGCCACCUCUGCAUGUUCGUGACCACCCAGGCAGGGAACAGCAGUGAGCAGGCCAUGCCACAGGCAAUGCGCCAGGCCUGCCUCAGCUCCUGGCUGGACAGAGAAAAGUGCGAGCAGUUUGUGGAGCAGCAGUCAUCGCAGCUGCAGAGCCUGGUGUCCAAGGGCUGGGACGCCGGCGCUGUCUGCCAGGCCCUGGGGGCGUGUGCAACCAUGUUCAGUCCUCUCCAGUGUGUCCACAACCCCCACUUCUGAUGAGAACUCAAAGCUGCGCCAGGAAGAGCAGUGGGUUGGGUCAGGAGGCCUGGGCUCUGGUGCCAACUCUGCCAUCAACUGGCCAUAGGUCUCCAGCCAAGACACGCCGCCCCCUCGCUGGUCCUCAUUCUCCUCAGUGGCAAAGGGGGAGCCAAGUGAGGCCCGGUGAGGCCAUCUCCAGGACUCCAGAGCUCUCCCACAUGACAAGACUCUUUCUCAAGCUCCCUGCCCCCACUGAAAAGAAGCCUUCACUCCCACACCUGCUUGCCCUCCUCCUUUCCUCAAAAGGACCUUAAGCUGGUGGACCACAAGCCUGCAACUUGUACCCUCAGUCCUGUAUCAGUCUUGUCCAUCUUCUCUGUAACCACAGCCCCAAACCAGAGUCACUCCCAUCCUCUGUGGGUGUAAGGUGCGGCCAGGGCAACAUCUUCUGGAGUUUGUGUUUGAGAACUGGCUCCAGCCUUGUCACCCCACCGCAGCCAGACCAAUUCCCAUAGAUGCCCCAGGGCUGGGCCGAGGUAAACACGUCUUCAAGAGGACAGAGGGGUAGAAGUUGGGCCCUGCCUCACUCGAUCUCCAUGUAGGAAAGACACUAGCUUUUACAACUAUUCUGUUAACACUGUCACAAAGCUCAAACUUCAGAAGGAUGAAAAAUGAAAACAUAAAGUACCAUAAAAGAUAGACAUGAAAUCUUUAAACGUUUUUUUAAAACUUCAGGACAUACCUGGUGUGAUUAGGGACUCAAGCAUGGUGGGAAGGUAACUGAGCAAACUUUCAUAUUUGAAAUGUUCUGCUGCUUAAGAGCUGUCACUUUGUUAAGAUGUAAAACGGGGUUUUCUUUUGAUCUCUUUUGUAAAGUUGAACUUCCAAUUUUUGUUUGAAAUUCCAGGCUGAUUCGCUUUCUGCUAUGAUUUAUCUCCUCAAAGCUCAUUUAGGGCUGUGCAUGCUAAGGAUCAGUUCCUAUGUAAUACAAGGCCUGUACCAAUGCUUACAAAGUCCUAUUUCCUUGUACUAAAAAGAAAAGGAUACUGUCCUUUAAGAUGGUGCAGAAGCCGCAGCCUCACCCCGAAGUUAGCUGAGUGGGGGGCCUACCUCACUCCCCUCUGUGACAGAGAAGCAGAUGUCACCUCUCCCUCUUCAAAUUUUUCCCAGCCUGGCCUCUUACUCUCCCCUCUCUCAGAGUUCACUCACUGUGAUGAGGUGAGGUUGUUAGGGUACGAAAAAUCAAAAUAUGCAGAAAAAUGAAUAAUAAACCUUUGGCAUUAAAGACCUAA